CUUUCCACCCAAACCUGUGGGGUCAUACUAGCUGGCAGGACAGAACAGGUCCCUUUCAUAAACAGGACAGGGCCAGGGAGAAAUGCUCAGAGGGACCUGGGAUUUCAGAACAGCUACACAGUGCUGACGAGCUGAAGAAGGAGUAGUAGAAAACACUCGCACUGACACACUUGAUUGACUGACUGACUGACUGAUUGACUGAAGAGGAUUUAUUUGUUAAAGUGAACAGCAGAGGAGAGAGGGAUGGAUUAUUUUUGCAGUCUCAGUGGGCUAGACCCGCUAUGGGAUUGGAACCGUACAUGGUACACUCCCAACCCAGACCUCACCCAGUGUUUCCAGAACACAGUGCUGGUGUGGGUCCCCUGCAUCUACCUCUGGGUGUGCGCACCUUUCUAUUUCCUAUACCUCUACUGCCAUGACCGUGGGCACAUCCGCAUGUCCUGCCUUUGUUGCACCAAAGUGGUCCUCGGUUUUCUCCUGGCUUCGUUUGGAUUUGUGGAGUUUUUCUACAUUCUGUUGGAAAGACACAGUGAGAUCCAGCAGCACACGGUGUUCCUGGUCAGCCCUGUGAUUCGAAGCCUUUCUGUGGUGCUGGCGGUUCUGCUGAUCCAGUAUGAGCGGAGGCAGGGCUGCAGAUCCUCUGUCUUCCUGUUCAUCUACUGGCUGCUGUCCAUCGUCUGUGCGCUGGUGCCCCUUAGGGCAAAGAUUCAGCUUGCUGUCGAGGAGGGUUUCUCGUCGGACGCUGUGCGUUAUGCAGCAUUUUUCUCCUACUUUGCCCUGCUGCUGGCUGAACUGGUGCUGUCAUGUUUCGCAGACCAACGGCCCUUCUCCACAGAGCCCAACAAAGAGACGAAUCCUUGUCCCGACCAGGACGCCUCCUUCCUGUCCAAGAUCCUCUUCUGGUGGUUCACUGGGCUGGUGGUUAAAGGCUACAGGAAACCACUGAAGGCAGAAGACCUCUGGUCUCUGAGGAAGGAUGACACAUCUGAGAAGAUCAUCUCUGACCUGGAGCAGGAGUGGACCAUGGAGUGUGCCAGGCUACAACAAAAAACAGACUCCCUGUCCCCCACUGCCACACUAGGCUCCAAGAUGCCCGACCAGGCCCAGCUGCUCAGGAAGCUCCAGAAAGAGCAGAGUUCCGGUUUCUGCCUGCUGAGGGCGUUAGCGAGGGUGUUUGGCCCCUACUUCCUGUCAGGGACGCUGUGUCUGGUGGUGCACGAUGUCUUCAUGUUUUCCAUCCCACAGGUACUCAGCUUGCUGCUGGCGUUUAUGAGUGAUGCCGACGCCCCCCUAUGGAAGGGGUAUUUCUACGCAGCCUUGAUGUUCCUGGUGUCCUGCAUGCAGUCGCUCUUCAAUCACCAGUACAUGUACUCCUGCUUCACCGUGGGCAUGAGAGUCAAAACUGCCGUCAUGGGCCUUGUUUAUAGAAAGUCUCUGGUGAUCACCAACGCUGCCCGCAGGACCUGCACGGUUGGAGAGAUUGUGAACCUGGUCUCUGCCGACACUCAGAAGCUCAUGGACUUUGUGGUUUACUUCAACGCGGUGUGGCUGGCGCCCAUCGAGAUCACCCUGUGUCUGUUCUUCCUCUGGCAGCAUUUAGGCCCGUCUGCCUUGGCUGGCAUUGCCACCAUCAUCCUGAUCUUCCCACUGAAUGGUGUUAUUGCCAAGCAGAGGAGCAAACUACAGGAGGUGCAGAUGAAGCACACAGAUGGCCGAAUCAAGCUGAUGAACGAGAUUCUGAAUGGGAUUAAGAUCCUGAAGUUCUAUGCCUGGGAAAAAGCCUUCCUGGAGCGUGUGUUGGGCUACAGGGCCAAGGAGCUAAAGGCACUGAAGAAAUCCCAGAUCCUGUACUCCAUUUCCAUCGCCUCAUUCAACUCCUCCACCUUCCUGAUUGCUUUCGUCAUGUUCGGGGUGUACGUGCUGAUUGAUGAGAGGAACGUCCUGGAUGCGCAGAAGGUGUUUGUCUCCAUGGCGCUCAUUAACAUCCUCAAGACCCCCCUGAGCCUCCUCCCUUUCUCUAUGAGCACCACCAUGCAGGCCUUGGUCUCGCUGAAGCGUUUGGGCAAAUUCCUUUGCCAAGAAGAACUGAAGUCUGACAGUGUGGACAGGAAGCCCUUGCACCCUGCAGGCAGCAGCGUGCUAGUGGAGAACGGUACUUUCAGCUGGUCAAGAGACGGAGCUCCCUGUCUAAAGAGGAUCAGUGUGAGUGUGGCGCGUGGCUCUCUGGUGGCAGUGGUCGGACAUGUAGGUAGUGGGAAAUCCUCACUGCUCUCUGCUCUGCUGGGGGAGAUGGAGAAGAAAAACGGACGUGUCUCACUGCAGGGCUCGGUGGCCUAUGUGCCCCAGCAGGCGUGGAUCCAGAACGCCACGCUGCGGGACAACAUUGUGUUUGGGCAGGAGAGGAAGGAGCGCUGGUACCAGCAAGUGGUGGAAGCCUGCGCGCUCGUGGAUGACCUGGAGAUCCUGCCUGCGGGGGAUGAGACUGAGAUUGGGGAGAAGGGGUUGAAUCUCUCUGGCGGUCAGAAGCAGCGGGUCAGCCUGGCCCGUGCCGUCUACAGGGAGGCUGAUGUGUACCUGCUGGAUGACCCCCUGUCUGCGGUGGACGCCCACGUGGGUCAGCACAUCUUCGAGAAAGUCAUCGGACCCAAAGGGGUGCUCCGGGACAGGACCCGGGUGCUGGUGACCCAUGGGCUGAGCUACCUGCCGCAGGUGGACCUAAUCCUGGUGCUGGUGGACGGGGAGAUCACAGAGAUGGGAUCCUAUCAGGAGCUGCUGAACCGACAAGGCGCCUUCGCCGAGUUCAUCCGCGCCUACACCAGCACGGAGUGCAAGGAGAGCAGCGCUCACAAAGGUACCAGAAAGUCAUCUUCAAGACUCAGUGUGACCGACUACAUGCCCGUCCCCAGAGACCUCUCCCAAGAGCAGAUUGUCAGUGGAGACACAGGCAGCACCAGCCUCCAGAACGUGGAGCCCAGCUCCGAGACUGACCAGCCUCAGGCUGCAAAGGAUGCUGGGAAACUAACGGAGGCCGAUAGAGCCAAGACCGGGAGAGUGAAGAUGGCCAUCUACAUGGAGUACUUCAAGACCAUCGGCUUGGCCCUCAUCCUUCCUAUCAUCUUCCUGUACGUCUUCCAGCAGGCCGCCUCUAUCUCUUACAACUACUGGCUCAGCAUGUGGGCAGACGACCCUGUCGUCAAUGGGACACAGUUGGACACCGAUUUCAAAUUGGGUGUCUAUGGAGCGCUGGGCUUCGCGCAAGGCAUCGCUAUCUUUGGCACCACAGUGGCUAUCUCUGUCGGUGGGAUCAUUGCAUCCCGCCACCUCCACCAGGACCUGCUGCACAACAUGCUGCGCUCGCCCAUGAGCUUCUUCGAGCGCACGCCUAGCGGGAACCUGCUCAAUCGCUUCUCCAAGGAGGUGGACGCCAUCGACUGCAUGAUCCCAGACGGGCUCAAAAUGAUGCUGGGCUACCUGUUCAAGCUGCUGGAGAUCUGCAUCAUCGUGCUCCUCGCCACGCCCAUCACCGCCGUCAUCAUCUUACCGCUGGGGCUGUUCUAUGGGUUCAUCCAGAGUUUUUAUGUGGCCACCUCUUGUCAGCUGCGGAGACUGGAGUCUGUGAGCAGGUCCCCCAUCUACACCCACUUCAACGAGACAGUCCAAGGGGCGAGCGUCAUCCGCGCCUUCGGGGAGCAGCCUCGCUUCAUCCUGCAGACCAACCAGAGGGUGGACGAGAACCAGAAAUCCUACUUCCCCAGAUUCGUCGCCACCAGAUGGCUGGCUGUGAAUCUGGAAUUCCUGGGAAACUGCAUUGUUCUCUCCGCAGCUAUUUUCUCUGUGAUGGGAAAGGGAAUCCUGAGUCCAGGCAUUGUGGGUCUGUCAGUCUCCCACGCACUGCAGGUGACAGGAAUCCUGAGCUGGAUAGUGCGAUCCUGGACAGAUGUUGAGAACAACAUAGUGUCUGUGGAGCGAGUGAAGGAGUACGCAGACACCCCCAAAGAGGCAGCGUGGACCCUGGAGAACAGCCCCCUGUCCCCUGCCUGGCCCCAGACUGGCACCAUUGAGCUCCGGGGUUAUGGGCUGCAGUACCGCAAGGGGCUAGAAUGGGCACUGAAGGACAUCUCCAUUCACAUUCAGGAGAGAGAGAAGGUAGGGAUCGUUGGGAGGACCGGAGCUGGAAAAUCGUCUCUUGCUCUGGGAAUCUUCAGAAUCUUGGAAGCUGCCAAAGGAGAGAUCUAUAUAGACGGGAUCAACAUUGCCGAGAUAGGGCUCCACGAGCUGAGGACCAGAAUCACCAUCAUCCCACAGGAUCCUGUGCUGUUCUCGGGCACCCUGCGGAUGAACCUUGACCCCUUCGAUGCGUACUCCGACGAGGAAGUCUGGAACUCUUUGGAACUCGCUCACCUCAAGAACUUUGUGUCAGGGCUCCCAGACAGACUGAACCACGAGUGCUCGGAGGGAGGGGAGAACCUGAGCUUGGGGCAGCGUCAGCUGGUGUGUCUGGCUCGGGCUCUCCUUCGGAAAACCAAGAUCCUGGUUCUGGACGAGGCGACGGCAGCCGUCGAUCUGGAAACAGACAACCUGAUCCAGUCGACAAUCCGCAGCCAGUUUGAGGAGUGCACCGUCCUGACCAUCGCUCACAGACUCAACACCGUCAUGGACUACACCAGGGUGAUAGUGAUGGACAAGGGACUGAUUGUGGAAUCAGACUCCCCGUCCAACCUUAUUGGACAGAGAGGUCACUUCUACAGAAUGUGCCGGGAGGCCAGCCUGGUAUAAUACCCUCAGUUACAGGGUCUUCCAGUGGAGGUUCCUGAGGUCAUGAAACUCUCCUUUCCCCAGCAAGAGUGUCGAGGAGCUGGUGAUGUCUCACCUCAUUGUCAUUAAUGCACUGCUCAAGGAGUCCUGAACAAACAGGGAAGAAACUGGGAAAAACUGGACAUUAACACAAGAUCUUUAAAUGUAUUUUUCACCUUUUAUAAAUAUCCUCUUCUGUGUAUAUUAUUGCGUCUCCUUUUCUUUAGUGUCAGCCAUGUCUGUUUUUCGUUGUCUUAAUUAUAGAAUGUCUAUAGAUUUGGUUAGACUGGGCCUAACCCCGGAGGUGAAGGAAACCGACUUUGCUGCAGUUCUUUUGCUAGUGUGGUCUUAAACACUAGGUGCAUGACGCUAGAAUCAAAAUGCAUUUGUAUAAAAGUUUCCUGUUAUUACAGGGCGAUGUUGAGGCAGGUAACAGGAUGACUUCUACAGCCUCUUAAAACAAAGAAUCACUGAAUGUCCAUAUUAUGUUUAAUACAGCUUUAACUUUCUAAACUUUGAUAACACCUUGCUCCCAAGAGAGUGAGAUUAGGCAGCUUCACUAUUUAUGUAUCACAAGGGCAGCAAAAUAUUCAUUAGCUUUGGAAACCACACAGGCCUGGUCCAAAAGCACAAAUAAAGAUUAACUUUGGUCCCUGUGCCUCACAGUGAUGGCAACACUAAAACACAAGGCAGACCACCUCAAUACACAGGUUCUGACUGUUAAGUACAAAACAAUAGUUCACUUUCUUAUAAAUGGUAUCAGUUACUUUGACAGAGUCUAAAAGUAUAAAUAUUGCUCAAUAAAGCCGAAGAAAUAAAGAACAGCCUUCCAUUGUGGCCAUGUCUGGCUGAAUCAGAAUAGAAUCACUAUGUACAAAUAACAUCUGCUACUACGGACUAUGAAUGUCAUAGAUACAGGGUGAUUUUUU